AGCGCCCUCUGUCCCCAUAUGUGCAUAAUGGCCGACAGUAAGCUGUACGAUCUUCUAGGAGUCUCCCGAAGUGCCACCGAUAAUGAAGUAAAAAAGGCUUACAGGAGAUUGGCCAAAGAAUAUCAUCCAGACAAAAAUCCAGAAAAUGGUGAUAUAUUUAAAGAGAUAUCAUUUGCAUAUGAUGUGUUGUCAAACCCAGAGAAGAAAGGAAUAUAUGACAAGCAUGGUCUGAAAGGUUUGCAGGAAGGGGCUAGUGAUCAUUCUGGAUUUUUUGCAGAUGACCUAUUCUCACAUAUCUUUGGAGGUGGGAUGUUCGGAGGUAUGGGGGGAGGCAUGGGAGCGAUGGGUGGUGCCAGGAGAGCUCGCAGACAACGGGGCCAAGAUACCCUACAUCCUCUCAGAGUCACUCUAGAAGAUCUCUAUACUGGAAAAACAGCCAAGUUGCAACUCAGCAAAAAUGUCAUUUGCCUUGCAUGUAAAGGGAUGGGUGGGCGACCAGGAGCGAUGGUGAAUUGCAAAUCUUGCCAUGGGCGUGGAAUUAAAGUUACCGUACAGCAGUUAGGUCCAGGAAUGGUACAGCAUUUCCAGACAGUGUGUCCAGACUGUCAUGGGGAAGGUGAAUACAUCAAUGAGAGAGACAGAUGUAAAGACUGUCUCGGGAAGAAAGUGAAAAAUGAAACCAAAGUAUUGGAGGUGCAUGUAGACAAAGGCAUGAGAGAUGGCCAGAAGAUAUACUUUUAUGGGGAAGGUGACCAGCAGCCAGGUAUAGAACCCGGUGACAUCAUUAUAGUGCUGCAGCAGAAAGACCAUGAGGUUUUCCAACGAGACGCGUCAGACGACCUGUGGAUGACUCACACAAUUGGCAUCACUGAGGCUCUCUGUGGUGGCCAAUUUACAGUGACGCACUUAGACAACCAGACACUACUGGUUACUAUUACGGCCGGGCAGGUUCUAAGGCCAGGUGUGGUCAUGACAGUAGAGCGCGAGGGAAUGCCAUUCUAUAAAAAUCCAUUUGAGAAAGGCAAUCUGCACAUUAGAUUUGACGUUAGGUUUCCUGAAAAUGGUUUUGCUGACAACAGUGCGCUUGUGGAAUUGGAGGCGAUGUUGCCGCCGCGUCCACAGUUCAUCAUGCCGACCGGCGAACACAUGGAGGAGGUGAACCUGCACGACUACAACCCUCACGACGAGCGUGGCAGCGGCAGGACCGACGCCUACCACGAGGAUGAGGAGGAGAGUGGUGCCGGGGUGCGCUGUGCUCACCAAUAGACCACCCCUCCCCCUACUGCUGGGUUGCAGUCGUGCGUUCCUGUCUUUUCAUGCUCCUAGUGAAUAUUUAUUUGUUCCGUGUUCCGGCAGUAUACAGUUUGGCAUCCGACGUUCAUCGCGCUGCUUUUCGGCCACGUGUGGUUCAAUCCACGUGGGUACACACACGUACACGUAAUUUGUGCUCUGGUCGAAAUCUACGUUUCCUACCGUUUCUAAUUAAUGUUCUUUUAAUGCAUUCGGCCCGUGUUGUCUCGCUUGUUCUUCAUUGGUUGAUGUUUGACGUGUUUUGUCCUCACGCGUUGUUUGUCGGAUGGUGUUUAGCAUGCCUUCUCCUGUACGUGUGAGCAUGUCUUAGUGAGGCACGUGUUGUUCGUUUUGUGUUAUUGGGAGUGCACAGCCGUGUGUAAGCUCAAUCACGUAUUUUGUGCAGAAUGUGGUAGCAAAAGCAUCUAUUUAUGGUAACAAACUGUACUCAAUAUACUGCAGGUUCUUCACUGUGGAAUCUUUUACUACAAAGAUUUGAGAAUCUGAAGUAACAAUAUGUGCACAUUCGUGUUAUAACUGCACGCAUACACAGCUUCAACAAUCUGACCAAUUAACGAAAUAGUGGUCAAAACCCUACUACUUUCAAACUUCCCCAGUUUGUCAUAUACAUCAUAUAUAGUAUUAGGCUAAGCAAAAUUAUAGUUGUGUUUCCGGUUACAGUGAAAUAAAAGUUAUUGUCUGUGAAAAACUU